GGUGUGCGGCUUCUUAAUGAUAAAUUCAUGAAUGUCUUUACCAGAGACUUGAAAAUAUCUCAAUGAAAUAUCGAAAUCAUUCAUAAAUACUGUCUCUGUUGAUAUAUAAUCAGCUCUGGGUACUGCUAUGUGAUCCGUUGUCUUGCAUUGAUUUUUACUCUCAAUUUGUGUAGUUUCCUUCCUCUGUUGUUAUAAAAGUGUCCGAGCCAUGCAUCUUCAUGUAGCUUAGCGUUACCAUAAUGGUUUGGAUAUUUCUAGGUUUGGGCAGUACAGCUUUGUUUGUCAGCUGUGAGAGACUUUGACGUUCAUUGAUAAUUAGCAGGAGCAAAUAAUUAUAUGUUUACAUGAUAUUUGCCUAAAACUUUUGAGCUUAUCCAUCGUCAAAAGCUGUAAAACAAACGAGCACACAUGGAGAUGGGAUUGCUUUGUCAACCGCAUGUUUCCAAAGUCAUCAUUGACCAGCAGGGUUCACCUUUUUAAGGACUGGUUUGACAUUUGACUCUCAGGUCUGUACUAAGAAUGAAGCUGGAGCUAGCAAACAGUUAGCUUAGCUUAACAUGAACACAAUAAGAUCCCUUGAAGUUUGCCAUGUAUCAUGUGGUUCAUGUUGUGAAGGUAUGACUUUAACCCAAACCAUAGUUUUCCUUUACUUGUGGGUGACAAACCUCAGGCCCUUGGUGAAAAUCUUGUAACUUACACCAGAACCACUCCAUCCAGCUUUCUUAUGAGGCUCGUUCAGACUAGCGAAUAUUGACAUCGUAGUGACGUUGAUACCAAUGAACACCUUUUUAAAAUUGUAGUUUUUGAUAUCCUGUAAAUGAGAACAUGUUGAAUGCUCUAGAAAACCAAAAUGGGCACUGACUACAUGGACGCUCAUGAAUGAAGCAGACUGGAAAGUAGUACAAUAGGAGCAGCUGCAUAGCUCAGCUUCCCUGGCCACUUCUGUUUGCAGUCUUUAUGCUAAGCUAAGCUAACUGUCUCCUAGCUCCAAUUCCCUAUUAAGCAAUUUUCUACUGCAGGAUCUUGCAGGAUGUUGAAGGGAACCUUUAAAUUGUAGAAUCUCUUUCUGGGUGGUAGGCACUUCUGAUCGGCCCAAAAAACUGCUGCACAGUGCUUGGUGGUAGAGCUGAUUAUUUUCUGUCCUCUUGAUGUCCUCAUCCAGCAGCCGUCCUCUCUAUUCUAACAUUGCCCUAAGCUGUGCAAAAUUCACCAUAUAUGUUAACAUAUCUAACCUUCAUACGUCCAUUAGCUACUACAUGUCGUUUUGGUGAAAUCUGUAUUAACAUUGUAGUCUGGGGUGCCACCUAACCACCUGGCCCAAGUUCCUGCAGUGAAAAGCCGCUGGCUAAUACAGAUCUAAUAAGCUAAUGCUUGGAAACAAAGCAAAGUAACAUAAUCUGCUCAUAAGGAUGACAUAAUGUGACUGAAAGCUCCACAACAUGCUGAUUGUUUAUACUGCAAUUUAUUACAAGAGGUAGUGGAUGUUGUUCCUACAUACCACUCAACUACCAGGGUAUGUUUCCACAUUGCUAGCUAAUGUUAUCUAUAAGUUCUAAGAUUUUUCUUGAGGAAAUCACUUUGACCAAGUGUGAAAAAUAUUUAUUAUUUCAAAUUCUGUUCUUAUGAGGUUAAAAUUUAACUACGAUUUUAGGAAUGUUUUAGCUACAACGUUCAAAGAGUGUUUAGAGAACGCUGUCAGGGCCACAGAUUACAACAAUUACAACAAAAGGCGUAAAACUGUCAAACCAAGAUUGUAUGCAUUCCCGCUAUGUUCCACAAUGUUGCAUGAUUAAGGAACAAGGUCAACAUUGCAACAUUUGGAAAACAUUGGAAGAACAUUAGGGCAUAACAUUCUAGCAGAGUUACCACCAAGCGGUUUUAAAACGUCUUUUAAUAGCAUUAUCCAACCUUUAGGAAGAACACUCUGACAGCUUUAAGAAAACUUCCUGCUAAAAAAUCACUAGAUCACUGCAGCAUUUUCUCAGAACGUUUUUAGAAGGUUGAAGCUGAGAAUUGUCCACUCCUAGAAAUAAUCCCCUAUGGAAAACAAUGUAGUAUUUGUGCUGCUUUUGGUGCAAUACGUGGGGCAAACUAUUCAAAUCAACCACAAUCUUCGUCAACACACUCAUGUAAGUUUUACUCAAUUUGUAAUAAACAAAAAAUAUAAAUGUUUUUGUCAUCACUGGUCAUCAUUACCUUGUUAUAUAAAAACUUUGGCCUUUAAAACUAUAAAUGAGCACGAGGCAGAUAAUAUUUAACUGUCAUAAUGCUAUAACGUUUGUUUAUCAAAUGGGUGGAUCUGUUUGAAGCAGCAAUUAUACUCAACUUUUUUUUCCUUUUGCCUCCACCACCCUGCUGUGUUUUUGUGUGUCUGUGUGCCUGCCUGGGUGUGUCUCUGCUCUGUAACUCGAGAGCCACAUGACCAAUAGGAAGGCAAACCGUGUACAAGUUAGAAUUCUUCCGCAAACUUUAUCAGUUUUUGCAGUGUUGUAAGAAGAGAGGCCACAGUCCAACAGCAGUGGAGCAGAGCUGAUCAGUCUAUAAAAGCAGCAGCAAAGAUGGCAGGGCAGCUACAGAAGCUUGUGGCCGAGAGGAAGGACAUGGUGGAGACGGUGAUGGAAGUGUUCGAGCAGGGAGCCGAAGUGGUGGCCAGCAUCGCCGGCGACCUCUUCCCCGUUUUCUCCAUCGCUGCUCCAAUUGUCAAACUGGCUCUGGACAACGUGGAAAGCAAAGAGGCAGAAUUCAUGAAGGAGCAGUUCCAGAAGGUCCGUGAGCGCCUGGAGGUGAUCUCCGAGGAGAUUCAGCGGAUCAACGACGAGAUCAAGAAGAGCAGCGUGGAUGCCACAUAUUUCUCUGUGGAGGAAAACAUCACCAACCAGUUCAGGAAGUACAUGGACAUCCUCAACGCCAAGCCCAAGUUCCGGGAGGUGAAGAAGAAGCUUUUCCUGGAGCAUUUUGCCAAAACCGGUGGUGACAAAAACUUGAACACCCUGUACAGCGCUGUGACGGGAGAUAACUUCUCGGGGGAAUCUGUGCUGGAGAUCAUCCUGAACUACGAGGAGAAGAGCCGCCGACCGAUGGAGGACUUCUGUGCCCGGCUCAAGAAGCUCUUCUGCGUCGGACUCAUUGCGCUGCUGGGCCACGCUGCUCUGAAGGGAUACGACGAGGAGGAGGCGCUCCUGAAGGACUGGGGGGAGAAGAUGAAAUCUGUUCAGGAAAGAAUGAACGCCGUCAUUGAAGAGUGCAUCGUCGGAUUCCCCACACAAGCCGAGCUGGAUUCUCGACGACUGGUGAGAGAUCAGGCACACUUGACCAGCCAGCAGCUAGCUGAUGCUAUUGUCGAGAAACUGAAGAAGAAGUACGACUGGGUGGGCUGGUCCGUGCGUAUUUUCAGGUCACCCUCAGGCCUCUUCGCCAACAAGAAGGAUUUCCACUGCCCGACUGGGAAGAGCCGCUUCCAGGUGCCAUCCUCAGACGAGAAGCUCAAUGUCUGGGUGUCCUACAGUUCCUCAGCGGAGCCUGUGGACAAGAACCACAUCCAGCAGCUGAUCCAGAGUCAGAAGAAGCUCACAGUGGUGGGCGUGGCAGAGCUCCUGUUUGAGAAGCUGCCUGGCGAUUGCGUGGUUCACACGGUCAAGACCAGCAAAGACCUGGCCUGCUCCUGGAGCUUCACCGACGAGCUGCACUACUGGGAGGAGCACAAGAACUUCUAUGUCUGCGUUCACUCAGCCUGAAGUCUCAGACGCUGGAAAAACUCUCAGAAAUCAUUCUAUGUUUAGAGGCUACUCACAUUUGCACAAUCGCAGACAACUGCUGCCUCUCUGCUUGGCCUUAACAUAGAAUUAUUACACAAUGUGUGCCUUAGUCACUACCCUCUGAUAGCCUUUUUAUAAUGAACUAGUCUCUUACCUAAACAUUAAUAGUCAAUUUCUUUCAGACAUAGUUCAUUCAUUCAUUCAUUCAUUCAUUCAUUCAUUCAACCUUGAGUUAAACUUGAGAAAUCAUUGAGGGUCAACUCUUUUUUUCAACAUGGAGUCAAUUUACAAAAACAAAGAGGAAAAAAGAAAGAAAACAACAAAUAGAAAAUAGAAAUAUGAAUUUACCCUCUAAACUUGAAGCACUUUCUGGGUGUUUUUUGUUUGCUCCUGUCACACUUUUCCUCACUGUGAGCUCAUUUUUCACUGAAUUAUAGGCUCUGCAUCUAUAGGGAAACAGUACAACUAUGCAGUAUGGCACAGCUGAAUUGCCGUAAAUCAGAAAAAAAUUGGUUUUACAAAAUUAUUUCAUUUUAAAAAACUGAAUGAAUUCAAAGCAUGUGCAACAUUCUUCCAGGUGCCCACAGGUGUUACCAAUAAUGGAAAAAUAAAUGGUGGCAAUUAGUAUAGAUAUUGUACUACUUAGUUAUAUGUUGUUUCCAUAUUGCUCUGUGGAAACGCUGCCUGUAUGUCGACCAAAAAGUCUCUGAAUUUUUGUCACAAGACUGUUGGUCACAGCUGACUCAAUAAUAGCUUCACAGUUGUGGCAAAGAGGACAGGUCUUUUUUUACAGGAUGUGGUUAUAGCAAAAGCUUUAUUUUUGGCAACUUUUAAAAUGUACACAAGUGGAAGAAAAUGGUGAAAUAUCCCAAUUUUGAGUUUAGAUUUGGGUUAAACAUUCUAAUUGAAAGCCAUGUCACAGAUGAGUAGUUCAAGGACAGUCGAAAAGUUGAAAACCAAACAUAUUUGUUUGUUUUUACAGUUUCUAGCUCUAAAAAUUGGUGUAAUUUUGUAGACUAAAAAAAAACACACAGAUGACGUGCCUUUUAAACCUGUCAGCGGAUUUUAGGGGUUCAGAUGAUAACAUAGUGAUAUGAAAGACCCCAAAACUUUUACAGUCAGGUACAUUUUUAAUAAAGUAAUUAAAAUGUUUAAUAAAAUACAACUAUGUUAUGCAAGUCAGCAGGACAUGUUGCUGGUUUGAGUGCAGCUGUCAUGCAGAGAUUACGUGUGCGCUGGUGCUGAUAAGUGGCGACCUCGCCCUGCUGAGGACAUUUAAACCACAACCAGGAGAGAAAAUGGCUCCAGACCUUCGCACAGAAUAAAAUGGAGGCCUUUGCUUUGAUUUUGGUGGCUCAGAAAUAGUAAAUCCUGUCACUUGCGCCUGUCCAAGGAUUUAAUAGCAACCUUUUCUGUAGUGAACCACGCAACUUUAUUCACACACCCUGUCGCGAACAUGCCGAGGCGUGGAGACGGCAGCUCUUUAUUUACAUACCGAUGCUUUGCUGUUCCCGUGUCGCAGCCUCACCUGUGUGGUUGUGCAACUCAGACUGGAAGCUCACAACCUGUAACUUCAUUUACUCUGAAGGUUUACUGAUAUAAAGGAACAAACUGUCGAGUUUUGGGGGUUUGGGAUCUUUUGAGAUUUUUUUUUUUAAUAUGAGAAUUAGUAUAAUCGAAUCAAAAACAUGCACACUAACAGAAAUACAUGACAGGGGCACUGCUGUUUGGAUUGUUCUAUACAUUGUGUGUGUUUUCAUGCACCACUGUAAUCUGUGUGUUUCUUUGUAUUGUUUGUAUGUUAUUAAGUGGGAUAAAUUCCUUUGAACAUUUGAAUAUCUGACAAAAACAAGCUGUAAAAAUGAUUGCACAUCUGUUUGUUGUUAUUUCCAUGCAGCAUAUUUGGGUCUCUUCAGCAUCUCUGAAUUAAAGUUAUGUUGGUACACCAAAGCAGUGAAUGUAAUAAAUCUUCCAAAUAAACUCA